GAACAUGCACAGUCACAGGGAGUGAUUUGACGUUUCACAGUGCGGGAUGUUGUCAAACGGCGAAAAGUGACUGUCAUUCUCGCAUCAUUCCGGCCUUUACAGAAGCAGAAAUUACAAGCAGUUUUCUGAUAACCUCACUGGAAUUUAUAGAAAUCGGAUUAGCAUCGUAGGUACACCAUGUCAAUCUUAGCGUACAACGGCGGCUGUGUGGUGGCGAUGAAGGGCAAAAAUUGUGUUGCCAUUGCCACGGAUCAUCGCUUCGGUGUCCAAGCCCAGACGAUUGCCACAGAUUUCGAGAAGGUCUUCGAAAUCAAUCCCCACAUGUACCUCGGACUGGUGGGUCUCCAGACGGACAUUCUCACGGUGCACCAGCGGCUACUGUUCCGUAAGAAUCUGUACGAAGUCCGAGAGAACCGCGAAAUGACACCGGAACGCUUUGCGGCGAUGCUGUCCAACUUCCUGUAUGAGAAGCGCUUUGGACCGUACUUCAUCGAACCGGUCAUUGCCGGACUGAACCCGAAAACGUUCGAACCUUUCAUCUGCAAUAUGGAUCUGAUCGGAUGUCCCAACAUGCCGAACGAUUUCGUAGUGGCCGGAACUUGCGCCGAGCAGCUGUACGGUAUGUGCGAAACCCUGUGGAAGCCGGAUCUGGAACCGGAGAAGCUGUUCGAAGUCAUCUCCCAGGCGCUGGUGAAUGCGUUCGAUCGGGAUGCAAUUUCCGGUUGGGGUGCUACGGUCUACAUUGUCGAGAAAGAAAAGCUGACCGUGAAGAAACUGAAGACUAGGAUGGAUUAAGGAAGGGGGAAGAACGUUUAUUUCUAUGAGGACGGUGGAAGGAGGGAAUCGAUAUUGAAUGUUCUUUUUGUAUUUCCAGCAUUAUUCAAUAAACUUAUUUCAAAAUUAUGAAACUCGA